UAUUUCCAAUUUGGCUAUUACGACAACCUAUCUCCACCCAACUAUUUGCUCGUAUUUAUUUUUUGUGUCCUCUACAGCUCUUCAAAGACGUUCUAGAGUAUGGCGUUGGUCCUAUUGCAGAUUUCAACCUUAAAUCUGGAGAAUUAGAAGGAAACUUAACAACCCAAAAUAUGUUACCAGAACCAUUCUCAUUAACGGGCGACCAAUUCUGGUUUAUAUUCUCGACUGACAGAAACAUCGUUCAGAGGGGCUUCAAUAUAUCAUUUUUCGUAGAUCCCGAUGAUUGUGACCCUGAUCCAUGUCAAAAUGGUGCCACCUGCAACGAUCUUCCAAACGAUUUUUCCUGUGACUGUGCCCCGGGGUAUACAGGAAGACUCUGUGAAAUAGAUAUCAAUGAGUGUCAAUCAUCGCCAUGUAUAAAUGGUGGCGUCUGUCGGGAUGAAGUUAACCAGUACACAUGCAUAUGUCCUCUUGGUUUUACUGGAGCCAACUGUGAAAUUAAUUCGAAUGAGUGCUUCAGUAGCCCUUGUCAGAACGGAGGGACAUGCGUAGAUGGCAUUAACGCUUACUUGUGCCAGUGUGUACCAGGAUGGACUGGAGAUAAUUGCGAGAUCAACAUACAAGAAUGUGACAGCGCUCCAUGUCUCAAUGGUGGCCAAUGUUUGGAUGGCGUGAACGGUUAUUUGUGUUUGUGUUCUGCUGGGUACAUCGGAAUCACGUGCGAGAUUAAUGUCGAUGAAUGUGCUAGCACACCAUGCCAGAAUGGAGGAACCUGUCUCGAUGGAAUCAACGGUUACUUUUGCCAGUGUGCUCUAGGUUUCACGGGGACCAACUGUGAAAUAAAUAUUGACGAGUGUGCCAGCAUCCCUUGCCUCAAUGGUGCGUUGUGUGUUGAUGGUAUUAACCAGUUUGCAUGUGCAUGUCAACCGGGCUUCUCUGGAACUCUUUGUGAAAUUAAUGUUGAUGAAUGCCAGAGUACCCCCUGUCAAAAUGGCGCCGCAUGUUUUGACGGAGUUAAUCAAUUCACGUGCAACUGUCUUCCUGGAUUUUCUGGUACCUUGUGUGAAAUUAACGACAACGAGUGUGCCAGUAACCCGUGCCAAAAUGGAGGAACUUGUAAUGAUGGAGUUAACGGAUAUAGCUGCAUUUGUCUACCUGGAUUCAUUGGAAUAAACUGCGAAAUCAACAUUGAUGAAUGUGCCAGCAGUCCUUGUUUGAACGGUGGAACUUGCACUGAUCGCAUCAACUCUUAUGUAUGCGCAUGUCUACCAGGAUGGACGGGAACCAAUUGCGAAAUCAAUGACAAUGAGUGCACGAGCAGUCCGUGUAUGAACGGAGCUACAUGUUUGGAUCAAAUCAACUCGUUCAUUUGUGUUUGCAUUCCUGGGUAUGAAGGAGAAUUUUGCGAAACCAACAUUAAUGAAUGUCUAAGUCUGCCUUGUGAAAAUAACGGUCUCUGCAUCGAUGGCGUGAACGGCUACAUCUGCCAAUGUGCUUUGGGAUUCACUGGAACCAACUGUGAAAUAAACACCAAUGAGUGUGCCAGUGGUCCAUGUUUUAACGGCGGCACGUGUAUUGAUGGUAUCAAUGGGUACAUCUGCGUGUGUUUGCCAGGAUUCUCUGGUCCAGAUUGUGGAGACAAUAUUGAUGAAUGUGCGAGUGUGCCGUGUCUUAAUGGCGGCAAUUGUAUUGAUGGUAUCAACUCAUACAUUUGUCAAUGUGCUUCUGGUUGGACUGGGGUAAACUGUGAAAUUAACGUGGACGAGUGUGCAAGUAUUCCUUGCCUCAAUGGAGCUACUUGCCUGGAUGGUGUAAAUGGCUUUUUCUGCAAUUGCGCCUCAGGAUGGACCGGGACCUUUUGUGAAAUUAAUGUUGAUGAAUGUGCUAGUACACCGUGUGCCAAUGGCGGUGCGUGUUUAGACCAGGUGAAUGGAUAUCUAUGUCAGUGCGCUUCAGGAUGGACUGGAAUCACCUGUACAGAAAAUAUUAAUGAAUGCGCUAGUGCUCCUUGUCAAAAUGGUGGUAUUUGCUUGGAUCAAGUUAACGGAUUCCUUUGCCAGUGUUCACCAGGAUUCUCAGGGACUCUUUGUGAAAUAAAUGACAUCGAGUGCGCCAGCAUUCCGUGUCAAAAUGGUGGAACAUGUAAUGAUGGCGUCAAUGGGUAUACAUGCGAUUGCUUACCUGGAUUCACUGGCACCAACUGCGAAAUAAAUGUAGAUGAAUGCUCCAGUAAUCCUUGUCUGAAUGGUGGUCUCUGUAUCGAUGGUAUCAACUCCUACCAGUGUUCCUGUGCUGCCGGCUUCAGUGGUUUGCAGUGUGAAGUCAAUGUCGACGAGUGCGCGAGUUUACCAUGUCUGAACGGAGGGACGUGUAUGGACGGCAUCAACGAGUUUAGGUGUAACUGCGCAGCUGGAUUUACUGGAGACUUCUGCCAAACUAAUAUCAAUGAGUGUUCCAGCGGCCCGUGUCAAAAUGGCGGAACCUGCCUGGAUGGUACUAAUGAAUAUUUUUGCCUGUGUGCACCCGGAUGGACUGGUAUCAAUUGUGAACAAAAUGAAAAUGAGUGCGCCAGUGUUCCUUGUCAAAAUGGCGGUGUAUGUACCGACAGUCUCAAUCAGUUCUUCUGUCAGUGCGCUUCGGGAUGGACAGGGCCUACCUGCGAACAGAACGUCAACGAGUGUGCAAGUUUCCCUUGUCAAAAUGGCGGAUCGUGUGUCGACAACACUAAUGGUUAUACUUGUUUCUGUCUCCCUGGAUUCUCAGGAGCGGACUGCGAAAUAAACGAUAACGAAUGCGUCAGCGUUCCCUGUCAGAAUGGCGCCAUCUGUACCGAUCUUGUCAACGGAUUUAUCUGCACAUGCUCUCAGGGAUAUACAGGUGUCUACUGUGAAAUUGAAAUUGAUGAAUGCGCUAGCGGACCGUGCCGGAAUGGUGGUAUCUGUACAGACUUGAUUAACCAAUACACCUGUACCUGUCUCCCAGGAUUUGUGGGAACUCAUUGUGAAAUUAAUAUUGACGAGUGCGAGAGUUCUCCUUGUUUGAAUGGUGGAUUUUGUAACGAUGGCAUCAAUGGCUACACCUGCCAGUGCCUGCCCCAGUGGACCGGUACAAAUUGCGAGCUAACUCUGGAUCCUUGCAUGAGCUUGCCAUGUGAAAACAAUGGAACAUGUGUGAAUGAAGGCACAACUUACCGAUGUGAAUGUACUGUUGCCUGGACCGGCUCAAACUGCCAAGAAGAUGUGAAUGAAUGUGCUAGUCUGCCGUGUCAGAAUGGAGGAUCCUGCAACAACCUCGAAGGAGCGUACACUUGUGACUGUCGCCUGGGGUACGGAGGUGUCAACUGUGAGGACAUUCUUUACUGCUCCUUGGAAGGAACCUGGUAUAAUGACAUUGGUGAUGAGGUAGUCUUGACCAGUACAGACUCUGGUAUGCUCUUGGGAGAAUACCACACCGCUAUCGAACUAGCCCUUGGAAUACAAGCUCCUACUCUUGUCGUUGGAUACUCUUCCAAAAGCUACGACUUUCCCACUCUGGGCUUCACUGUUGUCAGAAACAACGGCUUAACAACCAUUAGCUGGACUGGUCAGUGCUUCUUAUGUGAUGAUGAGGACGUCCUGAUGACCACAUGGGUUCGAACUGACCGUGUUGAGUCCUGCAGGGAGCAUCGAGAAUCCAAUAAAAUUGGAUCGGAUCGAUGGACUCAUUACAAACAGAUCCAAUCACCAAGACCUGUUGCUAGAUAACAAGUUACAAAACGCCACAUCGUGUCUUACUAAUUAUCAGCUAUAUUUUUAUAACCCAAAACUAAUUUUCUAGUAAUGUAAAUACGAAAAUAGGAGGAUAAACAGUGUUACGUCAGUAUUUAUACUUAAAUUAUUCAGGUUUUUAACCAGUGCACCGCACAAGCUGUCGCCUGGUAUCAUUUUCAUUGUUUUUAUCAGCAUUUAUUUUUAAUAUUAUUAUAACAUGAAAACAUUUCAAUAUGCUUGUUUAGCGAUAUAAGUUACAGUAUUAAAAACAAUACAGUAAUGUUUAAUGUAUAAUAUGUCAUCAUCAUCAUCGUCAUCCUUCCGACCGUAGCCGAGAUGGAUUUGACAAAUUUCAGCGAAGUGUUUUGGUCGGACAUCGCCUUGCUGAGCCGAGAGUUUCGAGAGGAAUUCCAGUGUCUCUGGAGAUAACGUCAGUUUAGGUGAAAGGACGCAUGCCUCUUUAGUGGGGGAAUACGCCAUAGUAGUAAGAUAUUAUUACUCGCUGGCAAACAUAUGUACCAGUAGUUGUACACUAAUUGAAAUUUUUUGUGUUCAGUGUUGAUGUAAAUUUUGUGUUGACCUAUGGCACUAACUUAAAAGCUCAAUGAUCAAACAUAGGCCUAUCUACAUUGCAUGCAGUUAGGGUGCUUGCGCGAAGGAAAUUCGGAUGUUAAUUAUGAAUUAGAAUUUGUUUUUGUACAAUGAAAACGCUUUUAUAUCGAAACUUGUUCAUUAAAUUAAGUGAAAAUAUUUA